UGAGGUCAAGACCAAGCCCAGUUCUGCCCCCAGAGUUGUGUGUCUGUCUGUGUUGUUCACCUGUAAACGUCAAGCAAAAAUCUGAGGCUGACUCGCGCGUUUCGGGGUGGUUUGAUCGAUCAAACUUUUGGAUGCAAGUCGGCCGCCUCGGCUACACCGUUUGAUGGCGUUUUGAAGCGUCAGGCGAGAAUUCGGCUGCUUUUAGGUGGCUUUUCCAACGACACAGACGCUGAGAGGAAGUGAAAAUCAGCAGCAAAAUGCCUGAAGAACAGCAACAGGCCGCGGCCGUCAAGAGCCCGACGAUUAGCAAAAAGUCCGUGGGCAAGAAAGUGCUGGCCAGAAUCCACAUGCUCGAUGGAUCUGACAUAGAGCUCAGCAUUGAACGCAAAUGCAAGGGUUACGAGUUGAUGGAGCAACUGUGCGAGUCAAUCAAUUUGCUCGAGAAGGACUACUUUGGACUCACAUACGAGGACCGCUACGACAAACGCAACUGGCUUGAGCUGGAGAAAGGCAUUUCAAAGUUCAUCAAAGAUGAGCCGUGGGCGUUCAACUUUGAGGUGAAGUUUUAUCCGCCCGAUCCGUCACAGUUGCAGGAAGACAUCACCAGAUAUUACUUGUGUCUUCAAGUCAGAAAUGACAUUCUUACUGAAAAGUUGCCUUGUUCAUUUGUGACACAUGCUGUCCUGGGUUCGUACCUUGUCCAGUCGGAGUUUGGCGACUUCGACCCAGACGAGCAUGGAAGGAAUUACUUGAGAAACUUCCAGUUUGCUCCAAACCAAACUAUGGAGAUGGAAGAAAAGGUUAUGGAACUCCACAAAGGGCUCAAGGGCCAGACUCCUGCUGAAGCAGAAUUACACUACUUGGAGAACGCCAAGAAACUAGCCAUGUACGGCCUGGAUCUGCAUCCAGCCAAAGACUCUGAGGGCGUUGACAUCAUGCUGGGCGUUUGCGCCUCAGGCCUUCUCGUCUACAGAGACAGACUGAGGAUCAACCGCUUUGCCUGGCCAAAAAUACUGAAAAUAUCCUACAAACGACACAAUUUCUACAUCAAGAUACGCCCUGGCGAGUUUGAGCAAUGCGAGUCCACUAUUGGCUUCAAGCUGGCCAACCACAGAGCUGCGAAAAAGCUUUGGAAGGUGUGUGUGGAACAUCACACCUUCUUCAGACUGAUGACUCCAGAGCCAUUACCCAAGUCGAGCCUUUUCCCACGCUUUGGCUCAAAAUUCCGCUAUUCCGGAAGGACGCACUACGAGACGAAGAAGGUGUUGAUUGAUCGUCCUGCGCCUCAGUUUGACCGUAGCCUCAGUGGCAGGAGACUCACUUCUCGCAGCAUGGAUGUGAUUCCAGUUGUGACCACGGCCAGAACCACGGCCAACGCUGCCGAUCCCUCAAAACGCCACACCAUGUCGCACCCUCCGGAACACAUUCCAGAGAUUGACAACCUCAACGAGAAGCCUCUAAAGGAUAAGGAGAACAAGGACCGCAAGUUGAAGGAUGAGAAGCUGAAGGAAAAGAUUGAAAGGAAACCGAGUGUAUCCUCUGACGGUUCCUCCAGCUCAAUGGAGGGCGAGUACGAAGCUAACAAGGAACAGACUUGUGAUGAGACAACUUCUAAGAAACCGGUCGGUGGAGUAGCAGUUCUGCCUUCUGGAAUAUUUGGAAAGAAGAAGAAAGACAAGAAAAAAGAUGACGAAGAGAAGCGUGACGAAGAAAAGGAAGCAACGGCUGAGAACGGCACUGAGGAGGUGAAGGCCGAGAAGACGCCUGCCUCCCCUGACAAUAAGAAGGACAAAAAGAAGGGCAAGAAAGAAAAAGAUGAAAAGAAGGAGAAGGAAAACCAGGCUGGUACUCCUGAAAAGGAAAAGGCAGCUGAGAAGGAGAAGAAAGAAAAAUCAAAAUCAAAGAUCUCAGGAUUGUUUUCCAUUGGUUCGUCACCAUCAAAAGAACAAGAUGCAAACAAGAAAGGCAAAAAGAGCACCGGAUCUGUCGCAGACGAUUCUUCCACCCUUGAAUCUCCCCAGUCACUGAAAGCCAGUCCCCAAAGCAAGGCUGUCCUUGCAGACGGAGGCCCUCCUGAAGGCUCUCCCCAACUGCCAGGCUACACCCGAGAGUACGACUACGAAGAAAAUCCCAACCUGUCUCCAUCAAGGAGCAGAAACGCUGCUAUUUUGGCUCACGGCUUCACAUAUGAAAAGGACCCUUGCCAAAGUCCACUUGCUCUCAACCAACCUCAAGACGGCCCUCAGGGGGGCAGUCGCAAGGCUGUUGGACUCGCAUUCAACUAUGCCCCUGGUGAGGACAAGAAAGUGGCCGAGACAGCUGCUGAAAAGAGAAAAACCUUUGACCAGAAGUUGGCCAGCCCUCCUUCCCUUAGACAAGAAGCAGCCAUUCAACAGCAAGGCUUGAACACCCCUGGCUUUGACUACGUUGAGUCUGCCUCGCGCAAGGAACAGGCCAAGGGUGGUAUUGCUGGCAAACCAGUUGCCAUCCCCACUCCUGGCCAGGAAAAGAGCCAAAAAGAAAAACCGGAAAAGUCCUCGGCUGCUUCUGCUGUGGCUGCCUUGCUGUCUAUGGGCAAGAAGGGGAAGAAAGAAGAAAAGAAGGAAGAGAAGAAAGACAAAAAGAAGGACAAGAAGAAGAAAAAGAAGGAGGAGUCAGAGGACAGCUCAAGCAGUAGCAGCAGCAGUAGUGAGGACUCGAUGAUCGAUCAAUACGCACAAGGCAACGAAACCGUCCGUUCAACUGGAGACUCGGUUGUGGUCAACACACCCAAGAUUUUCAAGACCACCACCAAACAGAGGGUGGUGCAGAAUGCAGAGGGAAUCAUGCAAAACAUUGAAGAGAAGGUGGAAGACCUCACUCCAGGCGGAACUGGAGCCGUUACCGUCUCAAACGUCAUCAACACGGCUGACGCUGAAAUUGCGGAGAGUUCUCCUCAUGUGACCGCCACUGCAGUGACAACAAGGACGGCAAUGAUGACCGAGGACAAGGAGAAAAAUGAGAAAACUAGCCAGAUUGAAGAGAAAACAUUUGCACAUACCACAACCACUAGCGCCACUCGUCAGGAGCAGCGUGUAGUGACACAGGAAGUGCGCUCAACCUCAACGGUGCUCACUGGUGACCAGAAUAUUUACCGGAGAGAAAGAACUUCAAGCGGCAGCUCCAAUGACUCUGGUACCCCGAUUGAUUUAGAGGAGGGCCAGACUCCCAUUGUGAAAACGGAGAGCAUGGUUUAUGACCCUGACGCAGUGAAUCAGUUUGAGCCCCCACAGAGCACCAUGCAAGUGCCACUUGUGCAGACCGAGAGUCGCAAAGUAGCGCUUGAGUCCGCCGAUGGCAACUACAGCGCCUCUGGAGAGAUCAUCAGCUCACAGACCAUCAGCAGCAAGACGCGCACUGUCGAAACCAUCACAUACAAGACAGAAAAGGAUGGAAUUGUUGAGACCAGGGUCGAACAGAAGAUCACCAUCCAGUCGGAUGGUGACCCCAUUGACCACGACAAAGCUCUGGCUGAGGCUAUUCAGGAGGCGACGGCCAUGAACCCAGACAUGACUGUUGAGAAGAUUGAAAUCCAGCAGCAAUCUGCGCAGUAAAAUAUAAAUAAUGGCACUCCAGGUCUCUAUAUUGUGGAGAAUAAACAAGACCGUGAUAAAUUUCAAAAUCGGCUAUUCUUCUAACGAAGAUUGCUUCUCAGCUUUUUUCUGGCGGCCUUCACCAAUAUUUUCUCUUCAUAUAUAUGAUGUUAGGACCAAAUUCAAAACACAAGCAUUUAUGCAAGAAUUCCACUGUAGUUUACAGUUAAACAUUUAAAUAGAAAUGAAUAUUACAGAGAUGAUGAAAAUGUAACCAAACUUUUAUCUAUGGCAGCACAUGUGCGUUAUGCACCUUGCACUCCAUGCAGCCUCAAAAGGAUAUUAUUUAUUAAUGCUAAGGAGAAAAAUAACAGCUUUGAAUGUAAUCUACUUUACAUUAUUGAUGGAAAAAGUGCAGCUAUGUGGAUGAACCUUUUGUCGAAGACUAAAAUGACCAGUUCUUUCAUUAGAGAAAUGUGUAUGAAAUAAUAAUGCCUGCAAAGCAUGCUAGUUUGAAAUAUUGUUGCAAGAAAAGGAAUUCAUAGGUUGGUGGGAUGGUUACUGAUUAAUUUCGUUACUAAAUUGAUACUUACAAUGAAGGAUUCUGCAAAUGAUUCUUCUAGCCAAGAUAAUAAAGAAUCGACAUAAAUAUGUGUGAAAUCGAAAGCAGCUAACAAAUUAUCUAUUUUUAAUCAAAUGCCAUGUUAACAACAACUUACUCAAAGCUUAUAAAUUUUUCUUAACUUACUCAAAAUCUUGAGUCACCGUGAAGUGCAUGUUCUCCUUUUGUAAACAAAUUAAAAUUACCUCUUUUCUUUAUUAUCAAACGAAGAUUCUUAGGGCGUAAGUCUUUUUUACACUGUAUUUUAGUUUUGAUAAUUUUUUAGUUAACACAAACAUAUUGUUGAAGGGGCUGCGUGUUCAUAUCCAUUUAUUGUACGAAUGUUACUUUGUUGACUUCAUUGAUUAAGAUGCUAAAAUUAGUCCAGUAAGAAAGAAGUAUUAUGGUUAGUUACUAAUAUUAUAAAUAUUUUCACACAUUGUAAUUUUUGCUUCCACAGGCAACUGAUUGAUAAUUUUCAAAUUGUGUUACUUUUAUGUUUGUUGUUAUCUACGUUAGAACAAAAGUUUGAUGCCUCUCCAUACUUGAAAUACUACGUUCUGUUUAUCAGCAAAACCAAUUCAUAAUUCAGCUAGGAAAUCUCACUUUUUACAGAUCUAUAAAAGCCUUUUAUGCGGAUGCUUUAAAUGCAAUAAACUGAUGUUAGCGGCA